UCAUCCUGGGGUGAAAAUCGCCAGCUUGCAGACAUCAACACACAAAUUUGGUUUGUGUUUAUAUAUAUAAAUAAAAAGCUCUGUAGAAAUAUAAUAGUCUAACUAGAAUUAUGCACGUAGGUCAAGCGUAUUGAGGCGUUGCAAAGGUAACUGUUUAUAAUCUGACGUUAUUUAGUCAAAGCUUCGUUGUUAUCCUCCAAAGGUGCUUCACAUUUCAUGAGCACACGGACGUUACCAACAGUAACGCUAAGUUACUCGUGUGAGGGUAAUUAGGAUUCACUACUAUAAUAACACAUACAAAACGUAUCUAACGUAACGUCACGGUGUUGAUCACACUUGUCAGCUUAACCAGUGUUGGUUAGCACAAGCUGCAAUUCCGACAUGUCAUCAUUCUCCGAGUCUGCGUUGGAGAAGAAGUUGUCAGAGCUCAGCAAUUCCCAACAGAGUGUCCAGACCUUGUCACUAUGGAUAAUCCACCACCGCAAGCAUUCGUCCCUCAUUGUACGAGUAUGGCACAGAGAGAUGAAGAAAGCUAAAAGCAGCAGGAAGUUGACCUUCCUCUACCUGGCCAACGAUGUGAUCCAGAACAGUAAGAAGAAAGGGCCGGAGUUCACUAAAGACUUCGAAGGGGUCCUGGUGGACGCCUGCUCCCAUGUUGCAAGUACCUGUAUUUCCAGGGAGGCAGAAGAGGGCUGUAAGAAGCAGAUGGGUCGUCUGCUGACCAUCUGGCAGGAGAGGAGCCUGUACAGAGCCGACUUCAUCCAGCAGCUGAGACUGGCCAUCGAAGACUCCAACAGCCCCAAACAGAAGCCCGCAGAAGAGAAGAAGGCUCCUAAGAGAAGCUUCCAGAAGGUGCAGCCACCGCCGCCCGAGGAGGAGGAAGAAGAGGAUGACUACAGAGGACACUACUCGCCACGAGAACCAGACGGCAGCGGACCACAGCUGACUGAAGACCUGGUGAAGGCUCUGCAGGAUCUGGAGAACGCCGCCUCGGGAGACGCGGCCGUGAGACAGAAGAUCGCCUCACUACCGCAAGAGGUCCAGGACGUCUCGCUGCUGGAGAAGAUCACAGAUAAGGAGGCGGCUGAUAAGCUGUCUAAGACGGUGGAUGAGGCGUGUCUGCUGCUAGCCGAGUAUAAUGGACGCCUGGCCGCAGAGCUGGAGGACCGACGACAGCUGGCACGCAUGCUCACCGAGUACAUCAGCAGCCAGAAGGAGGCCCUCAGCGAACGAGAGAAGAAACUAGAGGAGUACAAACAGAAGCUGGCGCGAGUAACACAGGUACGGAAGGAGUUGAAGUCUCACAUCCAGAGCCUGCCCGACCUCUCCUUACUCCCCAACGUGACCGGUGGCCUGGCGCCUCUCCCCUCCGCAGGAGACCUCUUCUCCACAGACUGAUCGUCAUCAUCAUCUCGGGCUGCUUAGGCUGCAAACCAUUCUAGCUCCUCGUGUCCUUCCGCCGGCUUCCAACGAAAGGCACGACAUCAUGGUCGUGGACAUCAUCAACUUUUUACUCAAUAUCCAGCAAAAACACAGUCAGCCGUUAUUCUCUUACUCAGUCAGGAUAUUGAAUGGGGAGGAAACCCCAAAUAGUCACUCUGUGCAGCUUGAAUGAGCUCUUAUUUUGAAGGACGGGAGGAAGUAGAAUGGCUUGCGGCCUUAGCCUUACUUCACAAUAAGAGUUGACAAGCUUCAGUUAACCCACUAGAAAUCAUUUCUUAACGUACGGAUUUCCUCAUUUGAGCAGCAUUCACGCAGAAAUUUAAGUUUAGCGUCUUCUAAGGUUGUAAAGGAGCUCGGCUGCAGCCAUACUGGAAAAAAGCAGCAGCGCAGCUUUGCUCAUUUUGUGGUGGAACAUUGCAGUACAGUUAGACCCAUACAGAGGAUUUUUAUAGUACUUUUUAAAAAGAAAUAUCACCUAUACACAGAAAUUGCUUCUGUUAAUUUUGCCGUUGAUGAUAUUUACUAUUGUGUAGUUUUGAAUACAUAUAUGAAAGGACAUAGCAUAGGUUUUUUUGGACAGUAGGACAGUUAAGACUUCACGACUGAUGUUUUCGCUUCUUUCUAAUUGCAUCACAAGAUGGACAACAGUUCAGAGCCCUCAGAUACAUUAUUUUUAUUAUAUAUUUUCUAAUACCCAUGUUUCAUGUGGGUGCCCUACUGAAAGUCGUUAAUUUAUGUGCACACUGUUAUUUUCUGGGAUCAGAUUGUGGCUCUGAUCGUGGUGGCAGUGAAGGAUGUUUUGUCAGCGCGUUAAACUCUUUGUUUCAACACCGCAGCAUUGUGUACGGUAUUAUGUCUGUAGCGCCAUCAGUUGAAUAAAGAGGGUGAAAUAAAAAGGGUAUUUUGGUAAACUUUUA